CACAUUCUUGCUGUCAGAAUUUUUCCCCUUUUUUUGGAACCGUUAGGAGCCAGAUGAGGCCAUAGAAAAGGUAAUGUGUCAUUUGCUGUGAUUAAAAAAGGGAAAAAAAAAAUUGCACCUUGUGCCCUUUUCCAUACUUGAUAUCCAUCCCAGUACAAGAGCCUAUCUACCUCCAAAAGCUGCAUUACCAUGAGGACCACCUGCCUCCUCCUCCUCCUCCUCUUCAUUCCCGUCCUUCUGUUUGCUCAGCAACAAGAAUUAACGGAUGACUUUUACGCUGGUCAGUACUUCCGCUUGGAGGAGUAUGGCUCAGAAUAUGACUUUCCUGUAGACCCUUCUGUCCAAGUGAUUCCGGAACCGGCUUCCCCACAACAACCGCAACUCCUCAAGCAGGUAUCUGGCCCCAGCCAAUCUGAGGCUCAGCUCCAGACCGAACCCACGGAACCUGGCCCCCUCGACUGCCGGGAAGAGCAGUACCCCUGCACCAGACUCUACUCUGUCCACAAGCCCUGCAGACAGUGUCUGAACAGCCUGUGCUUCUACAGCCUGCGUCGGGUGUACGUGGUGAACAAGGAAGUGUGCGUACGCACGGUGUGCGCUCAUGAGGAGCUGCUGAGGGCGGACCUGUGUCGCGACCAGUUCUCGCGCUGUGGUGUGGCUGCGCUGAGUGGCCAGUGCGGGUCACUGGGCAGCAGCUGUGGGAAGAGCUGUGGCAGCUGUUAGGUGCAGGGACUUGGGGGAAGGUCAGUCUGGAUACUGUCAGGAUCACCCCAAAUCCAGAACUCCCUCCUCCCUUGGCGACCUUGGGUCUCUGUGCCCCCUGCUUGGAACCAAAGAUUCAACCCGCUGCUUGUGUUUGACCGAAGUCUCUCCAUAUUCCGUCUCAUUACUCAACCCCCUCCUUAUACAUAUGUAAAAUAUAUUAACUUUUAUACCCAAACAAAUAUUGACUGAUGUCACUGGUGCUUUAAAACAACGGUAGUCGUUCAGAUGCACAUAAGUAGUUCAGUUCAGUAUUAUUAGUAUUCCGUAUAUUGUGGGAUAGUUUUUUUUUAAAAAAACUGUAUCUUAAAUUUUAUUUUGUGUUUUUUUUUUUUUUUUGUCUUUUCCUACUGUGGAUCUGAAACAAUGUGUAAAAGCAUUGACAGUGAUUUAUUUUAGCAGUGGGGGUGUGGAAAACUGUCUUUUUUAAGGUGCUUCUUCUUUGGAUCUGAGUGAUAGCUGACAACCAACAAUGCUGCAAGACUUGACACUUGAAUCUACACCGAUCCAAAAAAAAA